AUGAUCGCACCAGUUUCAGACGAUGAUGAGUUCUUCUUCUCCCCCACUUCAACUGGACUACAACAUCUGCAAGACGUCUCUUACAACUAUGGCUCGCCCAACAGCAGAGUCUCGUCGUUAAAUGCAGAUGACCAGCACUUUUCAAACACCGUUGGGCAGCGAGGUAAAUGUGACAGUAUUAACAGCGAGGAGUCGCUUAGCCCGAAAGAACAACUUGUCCAUGAUGAUCAGCUUUCCAGGGGGAGGGUGCAGAGGCAGGGCUCCAUUGUGGAUGGACUUCUGCAUGAGAUCUAUGAUCGUUGGCACUAUGGUCGACACGACAGCAUUGACAGCGACACUCUGACGGAGUGCUCCAGCACGUCAGAGUUCUUCUUCCAUGGAAGACAUGAUUACGGUGGAUAUCUUUCUGGCAUAGAUAAACGCCAUGCUGGUCAGCUGAACAGGUCCUACCUGCAAAACCAAAGCAAAUGCCAGCUGGAACGUCUGCUGGCUGACCUACAGCACAGCAUCGCCGUCAUGAAUGUCCGUCUAGUGAAGCAGCUGAAGAGGAGGGACCGCUGCCUGGCCAGGCUACAGAGGAACUCGGACAUAGUGACCGCCAUCCUGCAGGCGGCCUCACUCAAGAGACAAAUUGACACCAGAAUGAAGUUCAGUAUUCAACCUCCGCCAGGUCAGACAGCCUUUGAACAGUGGCGUGACGCUAUGAAGGCGGUGUGCAGGCUUCCCAUGGGCGUGCCUCCUGAGUUUAGAAAGAAGGUGUGGCUUAGUCUUGCUGACCACUACCUCCACCAGCUCAAGAUCAACUGGGAGAACACAGUCCGGUUUGUUUUCAAUGAACGGAGUAACCCAGAUGAUGAACAGCUGGGCAUGCAGAUUGUCAAGGACCUCCACAGGACCGGCUGCAGCAACUUUAGCGGUGACGAUAAUGGCGAAGACAGGGCGGUGCUCAAACGGCUGCUGCUGGCGUACGCCAGGUGGAACAAGCGGGUGGGUUACUGCCAGGGCUUUAACGUCAUCGCCGCCCUGCUGUUGAACGUUAUGGACCGGAAAGAGGAUGACGCCCUGAAGGUGAUGAUUUAUUUGAUAGACAGUGUCUUGCCAGAGAGUUAUUUUGCCAACAAUCUGCGGGCUCUGUCUGUGGACAUGGCUGUCUUUAGGGACCUUUUGAAGCUGACCUAUCCAAAGCUGUCCAAACACCUGGACAAGCUACAGACUCAGGCUCAAGAUAUCAGGACAGGGGCUUGCUACGAGCCGCCGCUGACCAAUGUCUUCACCAUGCAGUGGUUCCUCACGCUGUUUGCGACCUGCCUUCCUGUUCACAUUGUUCUCAGGGUCUGGGACUCCAUCCUUCUGGAAGGUUCCGAGAUACUCUUGAGGACCGCUCUGACCAUUUGGGGAAAACUUGCCAAACGUAUCAUGAGCGCCUCCAGUGCCGAUGAGUUCUACUGUCUGAUGGGGGAACUCUCCUCGAGCAUGAUGCAAGGUUACAUCUUUGAUGGGGACACCAUGGUCAAGUCAAUAUAUGGACUAGGAGAAUUCCCAUUUCCUCAUCUGAAUGAGCUGCGGGAGAAGUACACGUACAACAUACGUCCGCUUGGUCAGGCCAGUGCUGCAUCGGGCAAGAAGAAUGAGACACGUAGCGCCAUAAAAUCCCUCAUCAAUAGCGAUGAAGAUGAUAUGGAUGAUGAUGAUAUCACAGCUAUGGCGUGUAUGCCAGGAGGAGUGAAUUCAUCGUCUGAUAUAUCCGUCCUAGGGCCGGGAGUUUAUGGGCCAGGAGGUGACGAUGGCAUACCGAAAGGUAGUCUCCAGAUGGAAAGAAUGACAACAGAUAUUCAAAGUUUGAAACUUCAGUAUGAAAAACUGAAGCAGCGCCAGCGUCAGGCCCACAUCAUAAUAGCAGCUGCUUCAGCAAAGAAAGCCAAGCCUGCAUCAGCCUAUCGCAUAGGACGUUUGGACUCUGCUUUAGUGCCCAACAUCGAGAUGCCUAGUGCUAUGAACCAUCUGUUUGUUGGGAAAGGUCUGGUUGGAGCCAGCAGGAACAGGCUUGUCAGAGAUGGGCCCAGGAUCUCGGCUCCGGAACCUGUGAGAAAGAAUAGCGGCGUCUUGGCCCAGCAAGUGCAGGCUGUGGCCAACGCUCAGGCCGCGUCUAAAAGCCAGCGUAUGAGGACUGGGUUGUCCACUAAAUCUGGCCUUGCCAUUCCUCACGCAUCAGCACCAUCAAAAACAUCCUCAGAGCCUCACUCUGACUUGACAGAAGCUUCACCAACAAAACAAUGUGAGCCACCCUUGCUCAAUGAUAUUGUCUCAAUGCCUCUCAACGAGACUCUACCAGAAACCAAAACCAGCCCUGACCAAAACAUUAAACAGCCAGGAAACUCUGAUGAUGUAAACAGCCUAACAUUCACCACUGAUGAUAUUUCACUAACAAAAGCAUUACCUGCAACACCAGCAUUAGAUAAUAAUGACAUUUCUAGUUCAAAACAAAGGGAGAGUAAGCUUGAACACAAAGAGAGAACUCUAGCAUUACAAGACAGGAACUCUCAGUGUAUCGAGGAAGAUUCCAGAGAGCCAACACUUGACUGUCUAGAUCCCAAGGAGAAGAACAAUAAUGUUGACUUAUAUUCAGAAGAAAAAAAUGUUUAUAAGGAAGUGACCUUGUUGUUAGAAGAAGUCACAGAAGCUGAAGUGUCUAAUUCUCAGCAAGGUUGUUGUGUCAAACUAGAUCCGUCAGGGGAGGUAACUGAGCACUGUGAAGCAAUAAUUCAGGAAAAGGUAAUUUACUCCCAUAAUGCAGACAACAUUGACAAUUCUAACCCUCCACCAAAUGAAGAUGGGAACACGACGUCUUAUGAAAUUCAGAACAAGGAAUCAGAGAAUGCAAAUCAGGAUUUAACAAAUUCUAGUUUACAGGGAGAUACAGUCAGCAGUAUAGAUGAAGGAGCUGAAUCUUUAGUGACUUCGCCAAUCAUCGAAACAGUACCUGUUCCUAAACUGGUUGCCUUGACAGUCGGCAGUGAUUCAGGAGACGCAGCACACCAUCACAGACUCAAGAACAAUAACUCUUCUCAUCCUGAAGUUGGUAAGGUGACCCAUGGCUCCAAAGUCAUUCCACAAUCUAGCCUUGCUCUGUCGCAUCACCACAAUAGGUCGCGCAGAUUCUCCUCCCCUGCUCGAACUGAGACAGUCCCCAGCGGGAUGGGGCACUCCUCCCUGAUCAGAAAAAAUAGCACCCCCUUUAACCCAUUUCCAGUCAAGCAGUUAAAUGCCAACAGGGUGAAAACUGGGUUGAAGCUGGGUUUAUACAAGCCUUCAACACUUGAACAAUUUGGUGUCAGAAAGUCAGGCACAACAUCCUGACCCUGACAGUGCACACUUGACCUUUGAACUGUAUUGAUGCUUUUGAUUGGUUGUGUAGCUUGAUUGAAAGGUUAAUAAACUGAUAGCUAUUGACUUUACAACCCCAUUAGUUUCAUUCCUGUACUCUCAAAGACCUUAAGAAACCUUAUAAACUUAGAUAAACCCAUAAAUCUUAAGAAACCAAACAAACUUAGCUAAAUUCAAAAUAACUUAAACCGUAUAAGUUUUGGAUUAACCCAAAGAUUCUGAGACAUGAAAAAAUGGCAAUGAAACCUGAAUGCCAGUUAAGAAUUUAGUGUUAUUUAAAAUUAACUCUGUUUGAAUGGUGAGAUACAGUACAUUUAGAGAUGACAUUCUAGUAGAAAUAAUUUCCAUGUUCGUAUAAAAAGUGUCACCAAGAAUUCACUGACACUUCUUGAAAUGGUUUCUAUGACAAGACAGUUGUGGUAAAUGGCUAGGUGAAUCAUUUUUCUUUGUAAGUUUCAUCAACCAACUUUUUUUUGUCUGGUCACUGCACAACAUGAAACUGCUGGACAGUUAUUUUAUUGACCAUGUUAAGCUCUACUUCUCCUAUCUGUAACACAGCUUUGUGUGUUUGUAAAACAUCUUUCAUUUGACUAAAUUCAAUGUAAAACAUCAGCAUGUAACUAAAGUCAUUUUUACACCUUUUUGUUAUAAUUUAGACCCUAGUAACUACUGCCGUAUAAUAGUUUUGGGUCCUUGUAACACACUUCCAUAAAAUUUCAGGUCUUUGUGACACACUAUGAUAUAACUUCUGGUCUUUGAAACCCCCUUCCGUAUAAUUUAGUGUCUUGGUAACAGAUUGUAAUAAUUUUCCAUGUUUUAUUGAUCUGGUAAGUCUUAGUAACAGAUUGUAAUAAUUUGAUUACUAAAGAGUCGCACAAUUUGUACAUCGUAUAUGCCAGUGAUAUUGCAUAUUUCUAGGUAAAUUCUAUCUUGAAAUACUGAAGAUUUUCCUGUCAAAUAAUGAACUGUCACUAGGAUGUCACUUCAAGCUCAAGAUCUAAUGUUUUACUAAAGCAUUCAGAUUUUUGGUCAAUUUCUUUUUUUUUUUUUAAUAGAGGCAUUGAAAAUAAAGCAUAAUGAUCUAAUCAGUCUUAUUUGAAUGAGAGUGACUAUUUUGUAAAUGCAGUCUUUUGAGUGAAUGCUGUAUAUGUGAGUGACAGUGUUAUGUAUUCUGUUUGUGAUUCAGUAGUACAUGGUCUGUUUGUGAUUCAGUAGUACAUGGUCUGUUUGUGAUUCAGUAGUACAUGGUCUGUUUGUGAUUCAGUAGUACAUGGACUGUUUGUGAAUCCCCUGUGAAUCAGUUGUACUCAAGAAUAAAUUUGUACAAGUCCUCCUUCUUC